AUGUCACAGUCCCACGAGGUAGACGAAGAUACCGAUAUGGCUAUUUCGUAUACCCAAUCGUCAACCGGACACCCUCCUCAAACCCUCCCCUCAUUUCGCGAGCUCCUACCUCCCCACCUCCACGAUGAAAUUGAAUCAACCUCCCCAUUCUACAACACACCUCCCCACCUCCACGAUGAAAUUGAAUCAACCUCCCCAUUCUACAACACAACCCGCCACUCACAAGACCGCCCACCCUCCGGGCACGAUAUGUCCGACCCCCGCUCAAUCCCAUAUGGCAACCAAUCCAGCAACAUGGCCUACGAUUCCCAUCGCGAAUACACGGUCUCCCGAGGCGCAGAACAACAACCCCGCAUGCCAGAUCCCGGCCACCACCACAUGCAUCUAUCCGAGAACGCAUCCCGCGGUCCCAGCCCCAUUCUCCCUCCAAUCCGCGAUCUGGACUCCAUGCCCGGCCGGGCAAUGAACUCUUCCAGCAAAGGGUAUCCUGAGCGGGCACCACGCUCAGACCCCUUCGUCGCGCAGGAAUAUCGCCAGCCCGGACCGGCAGCGAUGUCCACUGAUCCGCAUCCCCGCGGUGAGCACUUCGCUGCACCUAUCAUGCACCCCCAGUCACCGUAUGGGCAUCCUCCUAUCGGGUAUGCGGAUGAGCAAAUGUCGCCUCAGAUGAUGGGACAUGGUCAGGGAAAUUUCGGGAUUAUGGGCGAUCAGAUUGAUCCCAAGACAAAGCGGAGACGGGGGAAUUUGCCCAAGCCCGUGACGGAUAUCUUGCGGGCGUGGUUUCAUGACCAUCUGGACCAUCCUUAUCCCAGUGAGGAGGAUAAGCAAAUGUUUAUGACGAGGACCGGGCUAUCGAUCAAUCAGAUUAGCAACUGGUUUAUCAAUGCUCGGAGACGACAACUACCUGCGCUGCGCAACCAAAUGCGAAGUGGUGCGGAUGCGGAGUCUCAGCGACAGUCACCUUUUAGUGAUGCUGACGGAUCGGAGCAUCUGCCCUCUCCUCAUCACUAG